AUGGAUCUAGACCUUGCGCUCCGGAUUGAGGAACCCACUCCUCUUAUGGAAGAAAGUUCACCUAAUAAAAAGAGGAACUUUAUGAAGCGGGAUCACUUAAAUUGCAUGAAUCUAGUGAUCAUUAAGAGCGGCAUUUCGGAAGCCUUUAGAGGUUCAGUAUCCGAAUGGGUGACUAACGCCAAGGAGUUCCUUGUCGAAAAUGAGAAGUGUUUUGUUUCUAUACCUAUCAUUGAUCAAGAAGUAUAUCCAGAACCUCAACAAGACAAUGCUAAAGAACCUCCCAUCCAAAAUAAGUCUUUGGAAGCUAUUAUAAUUGUUGUACUUAGUUCUCUGUUCCACUGUAUUCAGGAGAACCCUGCAGUUCGCGUAUCCACUCUGAUAGACCAUCUUACUAUGGCUGUUAGGAGCCAAGCAAUUAUGCUGAAAGAAAGACAUCUAGCUUUAAAUCCUUCGACGUCUGAUAGAAGAAAAUCUCAUUUUGAUAAGAAGAAAAAAUCUAAAGAUUUUUCUUUCGGUGUGUUAUUGGUAGAAUUCUUAGUGAAUAGAGAGUUGAUUUCUUUUUCAAAAGAAUUGAACUUUAAUGAUUUCUAUGUUGUUAAGAAGAAAGGUAAGUUUUAUUUACCAAUCAAUUAUUAUGCUAUAUGUAAUUUUGAUCUCAGUAUCCUUCCGAUCAAGCUCAAUCUACCAAUGGUAUGUAAGCCUAUGGCUUGGGCAUCCUCAAGUGAGAACCCUUCAUCUCUAUCCGAUAUGCGUGGCGGUUACUUAAGCAUGCCUAUUGGUUAUUUUUAUCAACAUCGCUAUCAACUAUUAAGUAGCCGUGACUUCUUCCAUUUCCAUAUUAAGUUUGAAACUGAUUACACAAUAUUGAGCGGAAUCAUGAACGAGUUACAGUCGCAUGCUUUUGAGAUUAACAAAGAUGUAUUAACCUUCAUUAAUCAGAAUUACGAUCAAUUAGUGAAAUCUGGUCUACUUAUGCCUAAAUUUCUAGCUUCAUUAAAUGUAUCAAAGUCCAUUGACCUAUUGAGAAUGUCUUACGUAGAGGAUCCGUCUUUGAUGAAAGUUUGUAAUUAUCAAAACUUGGUUAAGGAGUUCAUGAAGCGUAUCCAACGUGCUCGUUAUGAAACCUUCAUAAUAAAUCUAGUAUCAGCCUACGAAGGUUAUCGAUUUUAUCUGCCGUCCUUCCUUGACUUCCAUGGUAGAAUCUAUCGCUCUGGGAUAUUACAUUUCCAUGAACGUGAUUUGGCUAGAAGUCUAAUAGUUUUUUCUAAUACACCUUCAGACAAUUUUCAAUUGGAUAGUGAUGAAAAGAAGGAUAAUGUUUAUAUGGUAUUAAGCUCAGCAGCAACUUUUCAUUAUAAGAAGUUCAUUUCUUAUGAUGAUCCUCAUCAAUGGUAUCUCGAUCAGAAAAGUUUGAUUAAUUCAUCGGAUGAAAGUCUCAUCCAUUUUGCUAUUGCUGCGAGAGAACCCUAUCAGUUCAUAAGCAAGGUUCUAUGUAUCGAAGGCGGUAAGACUGAUCAUAUGAAAAUUCCUAUCACUCAAGGUGCCUCUGCAAGUGCUUAUCAGCUCAUGAGUUUUUUCUUGUUAGAUAAAGAAGUAGCUAAACAAACAAAUCUCAUACCCGCUUCUUAUGAUCAUCAAAAGAUCAAUGAUAUUUACACCUUCUUUCUAGAAGAGCUUAAGGUUUACUUGCAUAAUAAAUUGGAUACCAAUCUAUUUAAGGUAGUUGUUCCUCGUCUUACUCGAAAAUUAAUCAAAGUACUCUUCAUGCCAUUGAUAUAUGGUAAGACUUUAAAAAGCAUGGCUGGUGAUAUUUAUAAUCAUUAUAUAACUAAUCAUCGUGAUGGAACUCAGAGUUCAAACUUAUUAAGUAGAUGGGAAUCCGCACUAGUAGCAUUACACAUGAAUAACUUCUUUCAAGAGAGAUUUCCGGGUAUAGUCAAUCUAAUGGAAUUGAUAAUGUUGGUUGGUUAUCUUCCGCCUUGGGCAAACCCGUAUUCUAUAGUACAUCUAUAUACACAACAGUACAGGACUAUAUGA